AGAGCAUAAUUCUUUCGCAGUUCUUCCGUUCGUUCGGAUGCUCGCGAAUUCUUGCAAAGAGACACGGGGCCGCGAGACGAGCCACGGUAUUGGAUAAUACCAGGGGCAGCCGGCUUCUGCGAGAGAACCAUCCAUUUAAAAUGUCUCCCUUAAAUCUCCAACACCACCGGCAACCACUACCAUCACCGCUCUGCCGCCGCUGCCACCGCCACCAUCUCCGUCUCCACCUCCACCGCCACCGGCGCUACCGACUUUCAGUAGUCGCCUCCAAGCUCACCCAACCUCCGGUGCCGAGGGCCUCCCUUGCACAGCCACCGGUUUCUUCCACCCCUCACUUUUAUAUCCACCUAAAUCCAUCCAUUUUAAAUGACGGAUAUUUUCUCCGAGCGACUGUAUGGAUUUUCAUACUUUCCUCCGAAGGAGAGAAGGCGUGCAUAGAACACGCGCUCACCGUUUGUCCGUUAAUAUUUUCGCACACGGCGAAGGGAUGCUACUACGACCCUUUUAACCAAAACCAACCUUUUCGUUUCGGCGCUUGAAACUUUGACAUCCAGUUACUCGUACACCCAUUCUUCUACUUUCUGAAAAUAUUCUCUUAUUCCUGCCGUUGUCGCUCCUUGUCUCGCAAUGCAUAGGUCUUUUGUUAUCGCGUGGCAACGAUUCGACGCCGAUAAUCGAGGUAAAAUUUCGAAGGAGAGGUGUCCACGAAGAAUCGAGAGGUCUGGGUCGUGAACAAUACGCUACCGUUUAUGGUUAGAUCUCUGAACAAUAGUAAAGUCAUGGAAGAAGAGAGGUCACUUGUGUCACGCGCAAAUGUAAGCGUCGAAUUUGCGUAGAGAAGUUGCGGGGGCAGAAGACGUUAUACAUAUCGAGCGACAUGUAUUAUUGAUGCGAAGAUGCCAUCGAGUAGCUUGUUUCCUUUUCUUCUUGUUUCUUCUCUUUUCUUCCAUUCUACCAGCGAAGGAAACCUAAACAAUGCGGCAUCCAAUGUAUUACAGAUUCGGUACGAACGAAAGUUCAUCGUGUCGAAUACGAUUCUAUCGGUGGUUCGUGUUUGCAAAAUUAGCAGAGACGAGAAGCUGGUUCGCAGCACGGAUAGCAAAGGUCAGCGUGUAACCCGCAAUAAUUACAAGUCUGGUACAUUAUGCACGGUCGGCCGAAUGCGGAAGGAACGUCAGGUCUCCGGCGUCGAGGCUUCGAGAACCGAGUAUAUGUAUACUAGAAGGGGACGCCGCCUUCUUCCAUUAAUCUCGCGGCAAUCGAAAUUAGCAUAAUUGACGGAGCGGAGAAUAGCGGCCUGUUCGACUCUGAAACGCCAUCUCGUAUAAUCUCUCCAUAUAUCUCACUCAGUGUUUUCCGAUAAAGCACGCAUCCGCGAAAGGACCAUCGACCUGACAAUCGUCCACGCCAUCAAGAACCCAAUCCGAAAAGUCACGGAGUAUCGUUUGAAAUUGAUUCGAAAGUUUCUUAUAAGGUUCGCCGAAUUAUUCCCAUGUUUCUGUCAAGUCUUAAACGUAACGAUGCUGUUUUUAAUUGUAAAAAUUAAACGCAAAAUAGAAAUGUACUUUGACUUAAAAUUUCUACUUUUUCCGGAUGUGCCUCUCGCGUUCCCUGUCUCUUUCUCUCUGCCUAUUCACGAGCGCUCAUCUUCUCGAGCAAGACGUAUCGACACGGAUUUUUUUCCGCGUCAGUCAUUUAUCAAAGCCCUUCGUUCUCUCCGCCGUCUCCUUCAUUCGAUACACGCGAACCUAGAGACGAGGAUUUAGGCAAAGAGACGAGACGAACGCGGGAAGAGAAGGAUACGGAAAAAAGAGCAACGUUUUUCCUUCUUCGUCCUUCCUCCUAUUCGUUCUCCGAAAGGAAAAACGUUGCUUUCGUGGAAGAUGAGAAAAUCCUCGAAUCUUGUGUAACGGAGUAGUAGUAGUACGGUACCGAUAGAACACUUUGAAAGAAAAGGUGAGAGAGGUCGCGAGCAAGAGGCGGUCUCUAUCUAUCAUUGCCUCGCGGGUUUCGCAUCCAUCUUCCUUUUCCACCACGAUCCGCCUUGUUCUACUCCCCUCGAGCCUCUCGCGCAUCCUCUUCCGCCAUACUGCGCCAUUAUUCUCUCCCUUUUCCGUCUCUCUGUCUGCCUAUCCGUCGAUCCUUCUAUUCCAACGUGGUUUUAUCUCGAGCAACGUUCGAGUCGAGUAAAAUCUCGAAGAACCGACGAUUCUCUCGGUUGAAUUCUUACUCCACAACUGCAAAGUUCGCAUAGUCUCCGGAAGGUAGAUACGCGUCAUGAGCUUUUGUUGGCGCUUAACGAAAUAAAGGUGGCUACAUAUUGCGUUAGUUUGUGCGUUAUGUGGAGACAACCGCAGAGGUAGCAACAAAGCGGGUCAAACGGUUUUUAUACCGUGGCGUCAAGUUGACAUCUGUUCCCAAAAUCUGACUGCUAUAGUCCUAUUGUACGACUGAAAUUAUUCCAGUUAACCUGUUUAACGAAGAAACGCCCUUCGCCCUACGUAUAUAGGCCUGAGUUACGGUUAUAUUUAGGGUUCACGCGUAUGCAAAUACCAGGCUACAGCGUCCGAGAAUGCAAAUCCAUGGCAAACGAAAGAUAAGCGCUGAAUCCCUGUGAUCGAUCGGAAGAAACGUCGCUCCAGUUUAAUUUAUUAAUUACGCUCCGUGGAGAGAAAGGGCGCAGGAUCGCAGCAGCCGGACUAUAAAAAUAACGACGACAUGCGCGCGAUAAAUACAGCAUGCCGUAGCGAAACAAGAAUACACGCUGAGAACCAUCAUCUGUAUAACGAGGGCGGCUUUUAAUCGAGCGAAAAAUACAAUGUUUGCGCUGCGAAUAGACCUCGAUGCUAGGUUCAAUUUCCUAACGACACCUUUCGCUAGGUGGAAGUGGUGGUCAGAAAACAGUAUAUCCGAGAAAUGCAGCGAUUUUAACGUAAACUUUAAAUUCAGAAAAAUCUACACCAUCCUUUAUCAAUAAAUUUUACAAUAUUCCUAUCUAAAAAUAUUCAUAAACCGAUCUCUGUUCAUCGUAUAAUGUAUCUGCCAGAUGGAUCGAGACUUCUUUCCGGUUAAUGAUCCCUGUUACGAAGUUAAAACGGCUACAAAACGGCAGUGCAACCAGGCCUACCUGGCAAUCGGGCAAAAUAUUAUUUGUACGAACGAAUGCAGCCGAACUAGAAUGCAUAUCAAACUGCAGUUCAAGUUUAGCCAUUCGUGAAUGUUCGGUAAAAAUCGGACGGUACCGAAUCUACACGGCCCAUAAACCGGCCGCGACUACUUUCCCCCUUUCGUCUUAGCACCACCUCAUCCCUCGUACGAAGUAGGUCCAGACCUAUCCUAUCAAAUUUCGAUGUUCUAAACGCACGGUGGACCUUCCGCUAUACAUUUCGUUAUCGAUGUCAUGGGCACGGUGUAACUAAUAUACGCGAGUCCAACAGUUCCGAUUCCAUCUUCUUCCGAUCGUACAAAGUCGAUAAUCGACAAAUAUUCAUACGCGAGGAUCAGGUUGGCGAAAUAUUGACGACGUUCAAGGAGUUUAAGGAGCUGACGCUUAAGUAGAAUCACACUGGGUACGACCGUCGUAGUCGAAGAUACGGAAAAGACGCGCGAUCACGAUAGAUCUACGGCACAAAGGAUGGGAUAAGAAAUAACAGAUCUUCAAAAUUAUUAAACGGACAAGCAGCCGAUUCUAAAACAUUCCAGACGUAAUCAUAGAAGAGGUCAUUCAACUUUCAAACGUGACCAUCUUCCACGCGUGACAAGAAAGGAAAAAGGAAAAAGUGAAGGCAGUGACGGAAGCAAAGAAAAAAAGAGGAGGAAAAUAAUAAAGUAAGAAUAUGGGAGAAGUAUGUCUGUAUGGCAGGAAGGUUAUUUGUACGACUCACCGAAUAUAAAUACCAAAGUUGGGUCGAAAAGUCACCAGUAGAAGAUCUGACGGUGUAUUGAGUCAAUACAUACUUUUCUUCCCCACCCCCGGGACACCGAAGCCAUUGUCACCGAUCGACAUAAAUGUUGAAAAUUUCACGAAUUGUCGCGGUCGCUCGAAGAUCCAUAACCGCGAGACACGUAGGAAUCGUUCGACCGUUCGCUUCGAACUAAGUUUCGUUAGAAAUUCAUACAUCGUUAGAAAGAUAAACAGUCGAAUAGAGAUGAACAUGGUAGAAGAAUACGUGAACGCGAGCAAGUCUCAGUACCGCGACGCGUUCGACAUUAUCGAGGAAUUCAAGAAAGAGAUGUCCGAGAUGAGGGGGAAGUGCAUCGACAUCGGUUGCGGACCAGGGGACGUUACGAAGAAGCUGAUCCUACCUAAGUUGUCACUGGAAGCGGAGCUAGUAGGUAAAGGAACAAGGACAAAAGGAUGGUUGAAGAGAGCCUUCGACAAUAUUUACAAGUUACUGCGACCAGGAGGAAAAGCUCUGGUUAUGUUCCUGGCUUGGAACGACGGUUUCGAUGCCUACAUGAGGAUUCACGAGAACCCACGAUACAAACCAUAUAUGGAGGACGCAAAUCGCUUCGUGCCUUUUUUCCAUCGGUGCAAAGAUUCCCGAGCGGCAUUAAGGAAGAUGCUGGAGGACGUAGGCUUCGAGAUUCUACACUGUAGCAGGAGAGAAAAAAGCUUCGUUUACCAGAACAUGCAAAUAUUAAAACGUCAUAUGAUUGCGGUUAAUCCCUUCAUCUCGCGGAUCCCUGAUCACCUCAAAGAGGAGUUCGAGAAUGUGGUAGUGCGCGAAGUAGCGAGCCAGAAGAUCCUAUUCCCGAACAAAAACGACAACGGUCAACAAGAAUAUAGUAUUUUGGAUAGAUAUCACAUUCUUGUGGCGUAUGUAAAGAAGCCUUCCGACACAUGCUGAAAAAUUCAUUAGGAAUUUUGUUUUGACCACAGGGAUGAGAGUUUAUCAUUGUAUCCGUCGUUAUUAAUAAAACAGGUAAAAUGGCA